GGAAACUUAGAUUCCUAGAGAGCUUCCUGCGCGGUAACUGACAAGUAGGUUCCUGGUACUGGAGGCCUUGACGCCAUGAAUCUUGAUGAGCGAUAUGUUUUUGUGGCAGAAUGGUAUGACCCGAAUGCUUCCCUUCUGCGACGUUAUGACCUUUUAUAUUACCCUGUAGAUGGAUCUGUUGAAAUGUAUGAUGUAAAGAAUCAUCGCACCUUUCUGAAACGAACUGUGUAUGAUAGUGUGCGUCUACAGGAUUUGUUUAUUGGCAACAAAGUGACUAUCUUUUCCCGACAGCUGCAUCUUAUCGACUAUGGAGAUCAAUACACAGCCCGGCAGUUGUGCAGUAGAAAAGAAAAAACCCUGGCAUUACUUAAACCAGAUGCUGUACGACAUGCUGGAGAGAUAAUCAAUAUGAUAAAUGAAGCAGGAUUUAAAAUAAGCAAACUCAAGAUGAUGAUGCUUUCAAGGAAAGAAGCAACAGAUUUUUAUGUCGAUCAUCUCUCAAAGCCAUUCUAUAAUGAGCUUCUCCACUUUAUUACAAUUAGUCCUGUUAUUGCCAUGGAGAUUUUAGGAGAUGAUGCUAUCAAUGAAUGGAAGAAAUUAAUGGGGCCUGCAAACCCUGGUAUGGCUCGUACAGAUUUUCCUACGUCCAUUAGAGCCAGAUUUGGAACGGAUAACAUAAGAAAUACAGUCCAUGGUCCUGAUUCUUUUGCUACGGCUGCCAAGCAAUUGGAAUUGUUCUUUCCCUCAAGCGGAAGUGGUGGGCCAGUAAAUACUGCCAAAUUUACUAACUGUACUUGCUGCAUUGUUAAACCUCAUGCUAUUAGUGAAGGGCUAUUGGGAAAGAUCCUAAUUGCCAUCCGAGAUGCAGGCUUUGAAAUUUCAGCUAUGCAGAUGUACAAUCUGGACCGAGUUAAUGUUGAAGAGUUUUAUGAAGUUUAUAAAGGAGUAGUAGCUGAAUUUAAUGAGAUGGUGACAGAACUGUAUUCUGGUCCUUGUGUAGCAUUAGAGAUUCAACAGAAUGAUGCUACAAAGACAUUCCGUGAAUUCUGUGGGCCUGCUGAUCCUGAAAUAGCUCGUCAUCUCCGCCCUGGAACCCUCCGAGCUCUCUUUGGGAAGAGCAAAAUUCAGAAUGCUGUUCAUUGUACUGAUCUGCCUGAGGAUGGUCUUUUAGAGGUAACCACUAGAACAAGACAUUGAAUACAAAUGAAGCCACCACCCCCAGCUCUGCCCCUGCAGUGUUUAUGUUGGAAACUCCCCAAGCUGAUGGUGGGAACAUGGCAGGAAGAGGCUACACCUGCAGAGACCAUUCCCUCCUCCACCCAGUUUUUCUGGGUUCACUUAGAAGUUGCCUCAUGGGGGAGUUCCCAGCAGGAGAGGUACCAGGGAAGCAGAGAACUUGGGGGCAGAAGGGCAAAGUCAGCAGGGAAAGAUCGGAGAUGGACGAGGUGGCAGAAUGGAUGAUAAGGAAGGUACAGAGUAAGGCUUGGCAUCUUGCCUACUGUCUUUUUGCCCUCCUUAUCCCCUCCCAUUUCCCUUCCCCCUCCAUUUUUUCUUCAAGGUCAAGUGCACCAAUUCCUUUCUCUUCUUCAAUGACAGGGAAAGCAUAUGGUAAAACAAACUGUGGAGAGAGGCACACAACUAAAGAAUUUAAUUUUUUUUAGAGGAAAAGGAAAAGCGGAGGAAAAAAAAGGUAAAAUGUCAGCUCUCUAGGCCUUAGCAAAUAACAGA